AAACAAGGAAAACAGAUUUAUAUAUAAAUCUGAAACUUUUAUAUGCUUCAAUCAGAGUUGAAUUGUAACGACACCAAGAUGCAAAAAGCAAUUUGUUUUUUUAUCGUUCUCUUUGCUAUUGUUGCAAUGUCUUUUGCUCACCAUGGACAUAGACACGAUGGUCCAAUGCCAAAUCCUCCCCCAACACCACCAACGCAAGAAAUAGAAAAUGAAUCAUCAAAUCACAGAGUUGUUCGUGAAAUGCCGAAUAAAAUGCCAAGCAUGGAAGAAAUCAAGCAAUUCGCUGAAGAGCAAAUAAGCAAAUUACCUCAACCAAUGCAGGAUACAAUUUACCAAGCUCAGGAAAUGAUAGCUAAAAAUAUGAAUAAAGAAUAACAGACGUAAAAUUCCAGAAGGUAAUAGUCAAAUAUUAGUCUAUCGCACAUUCACCGGUCUUAUUUGAAUAUACAGUACCAAUUCCAAAUAUUGAAAAGAAUACCUCUUCGACGUAUGAUUUUCGAUAUAUAUUUGUAAAUUUUAAUAUUUGUCUAAUAUGUAACUUUUUAAAAAUCUGAAUAAAGUAGAUUUUUGCACUUUA